CGCUUCAGAGUUUGUUUUGGUGGGAAGGGCCCUAAUUGGACAGAUCCAAAGCGUUGUAAACUACGACGUCGUUUGCUAGGUAAGUUUCCAUCUAGUUGAAAUCUUGAGAACGGGGAAAUUCCAUAAACACUUCAAAACUCCUUGAGCACAUGAGACUAUUCUCAAUCUAUCGAGCAUUCAGUGUCUCCGCAAUGCUACGAGCAAGACUUGAAGCGCAAUUAAAGGCUAACACGUCGCCAGGAGCGGAAAACCGUGGAGUCGGGGUCUCUGGCCACUUCUCGCAACCAUUCUGGUCCAAGUUUUACGAUAUAGAGUGCGAACUGAAUGAUGAGUUGCGUGGCCUAGAUGUGAACGUUCCCUACAUCUACAAUCCCGUGGAAUAUGCCGGUGACCUGCACUGCGCCUAUUUGCGGAAGUACCUCAAGGGACCGAAGGCUCUCAUGUUCGUUGGCAUGAAUCCUGGACCCAAUGGGAUGGGCCAAAACGGAGUUCCGUUUGGAAAUAUAAAAACGGUCAAGGAGCUGAUGGGACUGGAGGGAUCGGUUCAGCAGCCACUGAAGGUUCACCCUAAACGUCCUGUUACUGGUCUUGGUUGUACCAUUGAAGAACCAAGUGGAGAACGUUUUUGGGGUGUUUUGAAUAAGCUUUCGGGCGGACUCGACGUGUUUUCUGUGAACUGUUUUAUGCACAAUUUCUGUCCACUGGCUUUCUUUGAUGCUUCCGGGAAGAACAUAACUCCCGGCGAAUUGAAGGGUGACAAGAAAAAUCUAGUGCGCGAUAUCUGCCUCAAGUACUUCGAGAAGGAACUACAACUCGUGAAUCCUUCAAUAGUAGUUGCAGUUGGAACGUACGUUGACGAUUGUUUCAAAAACUUAUCCAAGCAGUAUAAAGACAUCAGGUUUCUGAAGCUCGCGCACCCAAGUCCACGCAGUUUAAACAACACAAAUUGGCCAGAGAAAGCGGAAAUAUUUUUCAAGGAGAACGAUCUCAUGAAGUAUCUUCGAAACGAGAUCUAAAAACUCAAAAACAAAACAAAGUACAAGAACAAUAUUCAAUCUUUUUUCA